AUUGUCGCCUGGUUACUGGAGCUCUAUGGUAGAGGAGAGCUAGCCGGCUAGCAGCGUCUCUCAACCCUUUCUCCCUUUGUCACGGUAUUCACAUCUACCGUCAGCUCUUUGUGCAAAGGAGAGACAGUCACGAAUGGUGAAGAUAGAAUGCAGAGUUCUCAACUUGUUUUCUGUUCACUUAUUGAAGGCUGCACAUUUAUGGCGUUUGUCAGUGUGAGUGGAGACUUCUGCCAGGCACAGCACCUGGUCAUUGUAGACAAGUGAACAGAGGGCCUGCCAUAUGAAGAUUAUACUACCUGACUGCCCGUCUUACAUUCUGCACUUUUGGGGAGCAUCUUUUUUUGUCCAAAGUUGAAGUGUAUGAAUUAAUUUGAGCCAAUCAAGGUACUAGAGAGUGAAUUGUUUUGUUUUUUUUCGCUCACUCUAGUGCCAACUGAUCAUCUCUUCUUUCCUGAAUGGGGUAAUUAUAAAUUGUGAACCAGAAGGAUCGUCCCCUUCUUUAGUUUUAUUUUAAAGCUGUUGGAGCGAGAACGUGGUUUACCUUUUUAGAACAUUCAGUGAUUUGCCUUAAAGUCAAAUUGUUUAAACGCUUUGGAGUUGUUGACUCUUCCCUGUAAAACAAUCGGAAGUUGUUGCUUUUUUCCUUCAAUAAGUACAAUUAUAAAUCAUUUGAGUGUCAAAAUGAAUCGCCCCGCUCCUGUUGAGAUCACUUAUGAAUGCAUGAGGUUUCUCAUCACCCACAAUCCCACCAACUCACAGCUGGCCAAGUUUACAGAGGAGCUAAAGAGUUUUGGGGUGCAGACUCUGGUUCGGGUUUGUGAGUCAACUUAUGACAAAGCACCGGUGGAAAAAGAAGGCAUUGAAGUUUUGGACUGGCCUUUUGAUGAUGGUUGUUCACCACCUGAGCAAAUUGUUGAUGACUGGUUGAAUCUUCUCAAAUGUAAAUUUAAAGAUGAACCAGGCUGUUGCAUUGCAGUACAUUGCGUCGCUGGAUUAGGGCGAGCUCCUGUCUUGGUGGCCAUAGCCUUAAUCGAAUGCGGGAUGAUGUAUGAAGAUGCAGUCCAGUUUAUUCGUCAGAAAAGACGCGGGGCUUUUAACGCCAAACAACUUAUGUAUCUUGAGAAAUACAAACCCAAGAUGCGGCUGCGCUUCAAGGAUGCCAAUGGUCAAAAUUGCUGCAUUCAAUAAAGAAACAUUUGUUCAAAGGAUCUAUUGACAUAAUUAUUAUUGUUAGUGUUGUUCUGAUCGGGUUUUGUUUAAUUAUUAUAUUGGACCAGGAGUUUGCUGUACAGUGCCAAGCACACAAACAGGUUACACAGUAUUAGUGUUUUCCUUUUUUUUGAUGGCCAGGCAAUCCAGCCAAUCAUGCAAACUCACAGGCUAAGCGGCGUAUCACUAGUGAUGUUUUUCAUUGUGACAAACACAUGGGUAUAAUGACCGACUGCAGUUGUUAGUGUUUUAUUCCCUCUCUGAACCUAGGUGUCCUCCCCAGUUGUCUGGAUUGUGUAACAACAUCCUGCAGUAAGUGAAAAAAUCACUUUGUUGGUGCUUCUCUUGAAGUCUGUCAGCUUCUCCAAAGUUAUAUGGGCACAACUACUGUAUCUAAUGUUCUAGAUAUGAAACAUUCCAAGGCAUAUUCACAAAACUGUUGGACACUAGAGUUAUGACAUGGGACAGACGAAUGAAAUCCUAGAAAAUCCAAUCAACAAAACCUCUUCCGCUCACUGAUUGUGAAAUGAGUCAAAUUCAAAUAAAAAAUUAAAUAAAAA